AUGAUGGAGUUAGAAAAGGUAAAGAGAAGGGCAACUACAGAGAUCAUGGGGAUGGAAUACUUGUCUGGUGAGGAAUCACUGGAGAGUCUGCAGCUCUUCAGUUUGGAGUUGCGGUCACCUUCAGCCCCGGGGCGGUGCCCCCUGGACCAGAGGCUGGGGAAGGGGCGGAGCGUCACGCUCAGCCCCGUAAUGCCUGGCAGCCCCUCCGGCUGCUCAGCACACCCAGAGGCAGCGGAGGCGGCAGAGGCGAGGCUGUCCACGGCUGUCUGUCCUGCGCCGCUGGAGAAGUGUUCAGCAAUGGCCGAGAGCUCAGCUGCACCAGCAACAGUGACGGCAGCACCAACCGUGCUAGAUGAGCUCCUGGAGAUCACGGCUCAGAGCCUGGUGCGCACCGAGGUGGCUGAGCACUAUGAGGUUAUUCGGGAACUGGGCAGGGGCAAGUAUGGCCACGUGGUGCUAGUGACCCACAGGCAGAGAGGGACUCCGAUGGCUCUCAAAUUGCUGCCCAAAGCCAGUACCAAGCUGCACACCUUCCUCUAUGAGUACUGCGUGGCACUCUCCCUUGCCACCCACCCUGCUAUCAUUAGCAUGUUUGGAAUUGCAAUUGAAUCCAGCCAGUACUAUGGUUUCCUCUAUGAACCAGCACUGCACAAAGACCUCAUCUCUAUCAUCAAACCCCGGGAUGGGAUCCCUGAACCGGCUGCCAAGCAGUGUGCCAAGCAGCUUGUGAGUGCGCUGGAGUUCAUCCACAGCCGGGGCCUCGUGUACCGUGAUGUCAAGCCGGAGAACGUGCUGCUGUUUGAUCCGGAGUGCCGGCGCAUCAAACUGACUGACUUCGGGCUCACACGGCCCAAGGGAACCAAGCUCAAGCUGGUGGCUGGGGUAAUCCCCUACACCGCCCCCGAGCUGAGCAACACCGCUGAUGCCCAGGGGGUGCCCAUCGACACCAGCUUGGAUGCCUGGGCUUUUGGCGUGCUGCUGUUCUGCCUGCUGACUGGCUACUUCCCCUGGGAGCAAAGCCUGCCUGAUGACCCUUUCUUUGAGGACUUCAUGCUCUGGCAGGAGACGGGCUUGGAGGAGAACCUGCCUCGCCACUGGAAACGCCUGACAGCGGAGGCUGCCCUCAUGUUGCGGAGCCUGCUGGCCCUAGAUCCUGCCAAGCGUGGCCCUGUUGGCGGGGCUCUGCGCUAUGUCGAUUGCCCCUGGCGGCUGGAGGACGGGUGCAGUGAGGGGGCUGCUGUGAAGCCCUAAAGACUGCUCUCCAUGGGGGAGGGAAGGCAAGUCUCACCCUGCAAGGAGCUUCAGGGUUGGAGGCAUCAAGGUGGGCCUCCAGCAGAGCAGCUGAGAGACCAUGGUAACCCCAAGAGAAACUUCUCCACAGCACUGUCCGUGCCACCACGGAGCCAUGGUCCUCACCACCACUGCUCAGUGCCACCUCUUUGUACUUCCUUGGGGCUUGAAAAUAUCUCCUUUCUCUUGCAAGUGGUGGUCCUUGUGUGAAGCACCCACUUUCUUCCUGGUCUCUCAGGGGUGGUUUCUAGGGGCUGCAGUGCCUGUCUUGUCCUUGAAAUAGAGUAAGAUAUUUAUUUAUCCUUGUGUUUCUGUAUGUGGCUCAUCUUCUAUCAUAAUAAAAUGGGGGCUGUUUACUGUGGGACAGUGUGGGCAUGACAAAGCCUCUGGCCAUCUCAAAGCAGGGGCCUCCCUGUGCUGCCUGGGUCCCUGAACGGGUGGCUUCAUAGAGGUGGGAUGGAGGUGCUGGGAGCCCCCAGCAUGUCACUGUGGGCAGUAGCUGGGGACUCAUAAUGGUGCUGUGAAGGUGGUGGAAGUCACUGAGGUGGGGUUUCGGAGGACCAGCUGAGGGACCUCAGCCUCAACUUGGUAGCAGCAAGUGGAUAUGGCAGGGUGUUCACAGGGUGCUGUGAGGAAAUAAGCACAGGAAAAGGGUGGAGGGGAGGCAGGUGUGUGUGAGGACUGGCAACGUUGAUCUGUGCCUUGCCUCUGGAGCUCUAAAACAUCUAGCUCUGGUUUGGCUUCAUCUUUGCCACUCAUAUUGAGCACAGCUGUUAGCAUACAGACAACUAUCAUGGGUUCUUGCACAAACCAUUUGAGGAUUUUCCUGUCAGCAGACUUAGACAUAAGGCUUAUCUCUAACAUAAGGAUGUCUUUGCUGCCCACUCUCCUCACUGUCUCUGAAGUUUGUCCUGUUUAGUCUACAGUGACCGCAACUUCUUGGGCUUCUCUUCAUCUACUUUCUUUUCUUCCUGAAAUGAUACUUAAUGCCAACCACAUAAAUUGCUCAAUAGGAGUUUCCUUCUGAAAGCCUCCCUCAUCAAAGGGACAGAGCCACAGGGAGCCACAGGUCACGCAUUUCUUCACAUUUGCUUAUGUUGCAGACCAGAUGAGAGGUGGGCUUUUCUGGAUGAUGGGCUGUUAACAGCAAGAGUCCCAAUGGCAGUUCAGUUUCUCUCUAGCUAUUUUACCUCAGGAAAAUGGCCUUUUGCAAACACCAUCAUCCUCGAUAAAGCACAACUCACCUCUCUCUCUUGAGUGGCCUAAGUGCAACUAGAAAGGUGACUUCACUGCUGUGAACAUCUACAUAUAUGAUUCAGCUGAGAAGACAGUGCUGUGAGGAUGGUUGGCAUGGGCAUCACUAUGGAAGGCUAACAGAGAGCUGUAACCACAGGCCACUUUAUCCAUAGGAAUAACCCCAGCUAUAUCCCCCUGGUUAUUCUCCUAGCAGUCCUGCACUGUUGCCUUGCUCUCACUCCUAAUCCUCCUUCAGACUGACCACUCCUAAUCCCCUCAGAGCCAACCCCUCUCUGUACCAGCCUCCACUACCACUUCUUCCCUCUUCCUAUCCUGAAUCCUUCAGUCCCAAGGAACCAUUUCCAAAACUAUCCAGUUCCAACCAAGCACAUUUCCCUUGUACUGCCUUCAGGACCUAAAGCAAUGUCCUCUAUGUGCUUUUAGAUGCCUGCAUAAUACUGUAAAAGACCUUCUUUAUCCCAUUUCUCAUCACUACUGUAAUCCCUCCCCUCUCUCCAGCAACACUCCUUGCCUAAUCUCCAAAUAUCCUUGUAGGCAUACAUUUUAAUCCUGGAAAAGGAUAGCAAGGGUAGAAUUAGGGAUUAGAAGCUCUUCUUACAUUCCUACAUCUUUCCAGUCCUCAGGCAAUUACAGUUGGUAAUCCCUUCCAGCUCUCAGCACAGUGCCAUUGCCAGAAACAUCCCCAGCUCAGUUUCCAUUCUCAGUGACUCUGUAAAUUCCAAAAAAUGAAUUGUUCCAACACCACACUUUCUACCAUCUCAGUUUUUCUUUCACCUCAGGUCCCUUUCUCCACAUGCUCUUCUGUAAUUCCCAACCACCUGCUCUCUUUUUCCAGCUUCUUCUCACUCACUGGAAUUUUACUCCUACUUAGCUUCCACACUAACAUUCCUUUUCUACCACUCAUUACCUGAUGAACCCAUUUUUCUUGUUUCUGUCUCAUCAACAUCACUACCAUACUAUUUUGUCCUUUUCCUGCUCCCUACAUUACUCAUUCCUUGUGUCUUCCUUCCAACUCUCAGCCCUACAUUAUCAAUCAGCACAGUGCUCACCUUCAAGAUACAGUUUUCUGCUGCCUGCUUCCAUUUUUGAUUCUUUCAUUAUCCCAGAACAUAAUAAAUGAUACUCAACUCUGGCCCACAUAGAUUGGUCUCUAAUUACUCUUUGAUUUCUGUAGGAAUAGCAUAAGAGUGUAGAAGUACCAGUGGAUUUCCUGUAUUUAAAAAGGAGAUGCACUGAGACCAAGGGAUCUAUAGGCCAAGUAUAGGUUAACUAUUUCCAGUGAAAAACAACAGAAAAUCCAAUACAGGUGCUUAUUAAUAGAGAAUUAAUAAACAAGAAUAUGGCUUUGUGCAAUGCGACCCUCGGUGUUCUAUUUGAUAAUUGUGCUUGAUGAAAUCAUGAUUGAUCAAGUAAAUUCAUAGUCUUCUGGUAUAUAUUUUUUUUUUGUGAGGCAUGACCUAUUGAUAUAAAUAAAAUUAUAGUACAUUGUAUUGAGUAAGAAGGUUCACUAUGCAAAGUCAAUAAAGCAUAUAUUAAGUGAAUUGA